AUGCUGUUGUCCUUUAUAGCCUGCUGCUCCCUUUGCGGCUUCAUCCGCUCUCUGAUUUCCUCCUGUAACCCGCUCAGGUGCGUUCGCCUCCCCUGCAGCGGCGCUGCAGACCGCGCCCCGCGGCACGCAUUGACCAGGACCAACGUGGAUCGAGAAGUCCGCACUCUCAGGAGGCUGACAAUUUUGUUGAAGAAAGAAGUGGAAGAAAAAAAUACAACCGUGACGAGUUUGGGAAAAAUUUUUACUGUGAAAGCUUCCCUAAAAAUGCAUCAAGUUAUCCACACCAGAGAGAGACCGUUCAGCUGUGGAGACUGUGGAAAGUCUUUUACCAGGUCUGGAAGCUUAACAACGCACAAACUAAUCCACACUGGAGAGAGACCGUUCAGCUGUGGAGACUGUGGAAAGUCUUUUAUCGAGUCUGGAAGCUUAAAAACACACAAACUCAUCCACAGUGGAGAGAGACCGUUCAGCUGUGACGACUGUGGAAAGUCUUUUACCCACUCUGGAAACUUAAAAAUACACCAACUCAUCCACACUGGAGAGAGACCGUUCAGCUGUGGAGACUGUGGAAAGUCUUUUACCCACUCUGGGAACUUAAAAAUACACCAACUCAUCCACACUGGAGAGAGACCGUUCAGCUGUGGAGACUGUGGAAAGUCUUUUACCAAGUCUGGAAGCUUAAAAAGACACCAACUAAUCCACACUGGAGAGAGACCAUUCAGCUGUGACGAGUGUGGAAAGUCUUUUACACGCAUUUCACACUUAAAAUCACAUCAACUCAUCCACAGUGGAGUUAAAGCGUACACCUGUGAUCAGUGUGGCAGAGCUUUUACUCACAGUAACAGCUUACAGAGUCAUCUAGUUACCCACUCUGGAAUUAAGGCGUACAGCUGUGACAUUUGUGGAAAAACUUUCAGCCUGAUAGGGAGCCGAAAUACACACCUACGCAUUCACACCAGACAUGAUGUGUACAGCUGUGAUCAGUGUGGUAAACAGUUUACUACAAACACAGAGUUACGACGUCACAUGUUUACCCACACUGAGGAACGACCUUAUAAAUGUGACCUGUGUGAGAAGACUUUUAAAUCUCCACGUUACCUGAAAACACACCAACAGAUCCACACCAGAAAGACUCUACAAGUGCAGUUACUGUGA